AACGGUAAGAAAAAAUUGAGAGAAUUCAAUUCAAACCCUUUUGCUCGCCCGGCGAUUGGGGUUUCGUGGUCUUCUUCCGCUCCGCUUGAUGGGUGUGGGAGGGAAGUUCUGGGAUUUGCUUAGACCUUAUGGUCGGCAACAAGGCUUUGAUUUUCUCACUAACAAACGCGUCGCUGUUGAUCUCUCCUUCUGGAUCGUUCAGCAUGAAACCGCUCUUAAGGGUUUUGCCCUUAAGCCUCACCUCCGCCUCACUUUCUUCCGCACUAUCAACCUCUUCUCCAAGUUUGGAGCGUACCCGGUUUUUGUGGUUGAUGGAACACCAUCACCUUUGAAAUCUCAGGCAAGAAUCUCCAGGUUUUUCCGGUCUUCUGGAAUUGAUUCUUCGAAUUUACCUGCAAUCAAAGAAGGCGUCUCCGUUGAGAGAAACAAACUGUUUUGUGAAUGGGUUAGGGAAUGUGUGGCGCUACUCGAAUUGCUCGGUAUUCCUGUGCUGAAAGCUAAAGGUGAGGCUGAAGCUCUCUGUGCUCAGUUAAACUGUGAAGGUUAUGUGGAUGCUUGCAUUACUCCUGAUAAUGAUGCUUUCCUCUUUGGUGCUAAGUGUGUCAUCAAAGACAUCAAGCCUAAUUCAAGAGAACCAUUUGAAUGCUACCAUAUGUCAGAUAUCGAGUCUGGCCUUGGUCUGAAACGAAAGCACUUGAUAGCCAUUUCUCUUUUGGUUGGAAACGACUAUGAUUCAGGCGGUGUUCUUGGGAUCGGCGUGGAGAAAGCACUUCGCAUUGUUCGUGAGUUUUCUGAAGACGAGAUUUUUGAAAGGUUGCAGGACAUGGGAAAAGGGUUGAAACCUGCAGUUCUUGGUGGAACCAAACCUGUGGAUGAUGGUGAAGAAUCCCUCUCAGAGAUGAAAAAAAGAUCUUCUCACUGUUCCCGUUGUGGACACCUGGGCAGCAAGAGAACUCAUUUUAAGUCCUCUUGCGAGCAUUGCGUUUGUGAUAGUGGCUGCAUUAAAAAACCAUUGGGGUUUAGAUGUGAAUGCUCCUUAUGUUCCAUGGAUCGAGAUUUAAAGGAACAGAAGAAAACCGAGGAUUGGUGGAUCAAAGUCUGUGAUAAGAUUGCUCAAGGGCCAGAAUUUCCCAACAAAGGCAUUAUUGAACUGUAUCUAUCCGAUGGUUUCACAGAAGAUGGCUCUUCAUUGUCUUGGGGAGCUCCUGAUACUGAAAUGCUAGUGGAUUUCAUGGUUUUCAAACUGCAUUGGGAUCCGUCUUAUGUUAGAAAAAUGUUGCUCCCAAUGUUGUCGACCAUUUAUCUAAGAGAACGGGCAAGAAACAAGACAGAAAACCCUUUGUUAUGUGACAAAUAUGAAUUCCAUUCAAUCAAGUGCACAAAGACUACAUAUGGGCAUCAGUUCUUUGUGAUAAGGUGGAGAAAACCCAUAUCUACAAGUGGUUUUACUCACGGUGAGCGAGAAAUUGUUAUACUGGAAGAAGAACUGGUCGAAGAUGAAGAGUCUGGUGAUCCGUUAGAUGGUUUAAAUGAACCUCAGGUGCAAGAUGAUAAUGGUGACUGCUUCUUGCUAACUGAUGAAUGCAUAGGACUUGUUCAGUCUGCUUUCCCUGAUGAAACAGAGCAAUUUCUACGUGAAAAGAAACUACGAGAGUUGACAAAGAAGAAUGUUUCGGAAGAAACAGCAACACCAAGAGCAACAACAACAACGGGUGUGCAAAGAAGUAUCACUGAUUUCUACCGAUCAACGAAAGCAGCAGCAGCAGCUCAAAAAAGUAUAGACGCAGGAGGGAGCUUAAGAGCUUCUUCUUCAGCAGAAAAGAAGAGUCAGGCAACUUCCACUAGUAGUAAUAGUAACCUUUCAAAGUCUGUAAGGCGUCGUCUUUUGUUUGGUUAGAACAUUCUUGAUUCUGAGUUAGUAAACCCAAUUUUUAGGUCUGUA